AUGAUUGAAAUUAUUUUGAAAAAAAAGAGCUUAAUAAAUCCAAUACAGCACAUACUUCUUUAUACUACGCUUGCCGAAAUUUAUGAUUACAAUGAUGACAUGGAAAAUCUGUUUGACUUUGCUAUUGAAGCAGUCAGUAUUUAUCAUAAAUUUAUCAAUCUUAUACCAAAAGCACAUCCUAUAAUAGAAAAUAUACACAGUAUGUUGGGUAGAGCUUAUUAUAAGAAAUAUGAUUUUAAAUCUGCAUCAGAUACUUACCUUAAAACUUUAGCUUUUUCUGAUGAAGUCAAUAGUAAAUCGGUGACACUUGUAAAUAUCGCCACAAUUUAUAUUGAUCAAGAUGAUCCUAAAAUGGCAUUGACAUAUUUAGAUCAAUCGUUUGAGCUUAGUUCAAAAUUGAACCAAUCAAUUAUUAACUAUAAGAUAUUAUCCUUAAUGAAUCAAAAAUAUUCUCGUGCAUACAAACUUGAUAAUGAUCUUAAAAAGGCAAUCUUUUAUGGUGAAGAAGCAUUACGAUUAUGUGAAGUACAUAAAGAUUCCCGUCGAGUAGCAUCUACUUCCUUAUAUUUAUCGAAUUUGUGUCCUGAUAAAAAGAAAAUUUAUAUGGAGAAAAUUUUAGAAAUUCUUCAACAAGAUGAUCUACCACUGAUGAAUAAAUAUCUUUAUCAUUAUGUCUAUGGAUUGUACUGUAAUAAUCAAAUGAAUUAUUCUAAUGCACUUAAUCAUCUUCAAAUAUCAUUGAAAUAUCAAUCAAAAAUGAUUCCACGAUGUCAUCUAGAAUUAAUAUUUACCAUUAAUCAUAUUGUCUCUAUUCACAAAACAAAUGUCGAAGGAUUUUCAGAGAAUGAAUUAUUAUCUUAUCUUGAGAAAUGUCAUCAAAUAUAUACUGAAUUAUUGAACUUUAAGGAAAUACCAUAUAGAGAUAUGGCAAUUAUAUUCCGGGCUGAAAAAUAUUUUGUAGACAAUGUAAAACAAUGUUCAUUAUUGGCUGAAGAAAUGUUUUUGGUUUAUUUUCAAAUUGGAGAAAUUUACAUCAAAGCAAACAAAAGAGAAUUAGCAUUGAAUUAUAUUCAACAAGCAGAACAAAUAUUAAAUGAUUAUACAGGAAAAAAAGAAAUUCCAACGAAGGGUGACAUAUAUUUUCUAAUGGCAUCAUCAUAUCAUUCAGUCGAAAAUCUUGAUAAAGCACUAUUCUAUUAUGAAAAAAGGGUUCAAUCGUUGCCAUUUGAUUAUAAUCAAUAUGGUUUUUUUUAUUAUUUAAUGUCUGAUAUAUACUAUGAUAAAAAAGAUUAUUUUAUGUCAAUAUCGAAAUGUAAAAUAGCCUUAACAUUUUUACAUAAUUCACCAUCGAUGGAUUAUAUAUUUGCAUAUCUUGCCUAUUGGCGUACAUCUCUUACCUAUUCAACUAUAAAAAAUUAUACAUAUGCAUUUAUUUAUGGCGAACAAUCAUUAAAAUAUUGUUUACUACAGAAUCCAAUUGAUUAUGAUAACUUUAUUUUUUAUUAUACUUGUUCUGCAUAUUCUCUAUGGAAAUCAAAAUUGUGGAAUGUUGAAAAACCAUUAAAUUAUAUUCUUAAAGCAAUAGAAUUCACUGAAUAUUCUCUGACAGAUAAAACACUGUCAUGUCUUUAUCGUGAUAUUGGGUUUUUCUAUUUUAUAAAUGAGAAAUAUGAAGAUGCUCUUGUUUCUUAUAGUAAAUCACUUGAAUAUUCAAAAAUAUCAGAUCCUUUAAUGAUUAAUUUGAUUUAUGCUCAUAUAUGGACAGUUUAUAUAAUGAUGGGAGAAUUUAAUAAAGCAUAUUAUAUUGUAAAAGAAGCAAUUGAUAGUAAUGUCAAUGUCGAAGGUAUUAAUCUAUUCCUAAUUUCACAGUUAUAUAUCAAUAUGGGUAUUACUCAUUAUCGAUUUGGAGAAUAUCAAUUGGCUUUAGAAUAUUAUCAUACUGUUCUUCAAUUUCUGGACAACUUUCAAAAUAAUGAGACAAAUGAAAUAUAUAAUCUCAUUUAUAAUUACAUUGGACUGUUAUAUUUCGAAUAUGGAAAUAUUAAAGAUGCAAUGAAUUAUUGUAUAAAAUCUCGAAAUAUUAUUUAUUCAUGUAAUAAUGAAUCUAUUUCACCUAUAAAUACUUAUGUUAGUUUAGGUUUAGUUGAAUGUAAACUUAAAAAUUAUUCUAAUGCUUUGAAUUAUUUUGGACAGGCAUGGGAAUUUAUUUAUAAUACACAUAAACAAUAUCAUCCUGCACAUAAAAUAUUAUAUAAUCAUAUUGGUUAUGUCUAUUUUAAACUUGGUCAUAUAAAAAUAGCAAUGAAAAACUAUUUAAAAACAUUAUCAAUGUAUAGAAUAUAUCCAAAACAUCCUGAUCUUGCACAAGUAUAUAAAAAUAUUGGUUUGAUUUUUGAACAAGAUGUUCAUAAUUAUCCAAUAGCACUAUUAUUCUAUAAACGUGCUUUAGAACUCAUUCCAAAUAAUAAACAUCCACAUUAUAUCUUAUAUGAAAAUGUGAUUAAAACGUUACAAGUAAAAAUGAAAAAAAAAAUAAUAAUUUUAAUCGAUUAA